AUGAGACAGAUUGAACGACUGCACAGAGUGCACUGAAGGGGAAAGAAGGCAUUGGCUUAGCAAGGAGAGCUGGUAAACUUCCGACCAGCAAUCAGAGGGAGGGAGCAGAGCACAGACUUUUCCUUCAAAACUCCAGUUCAGUAUCUGAAGAAGAAACCUGCGGAAAAACCAAAACAGCUGCAGAGGCAUUCAGCACUCAGGAGAGCUCCCAGGGUUGUUUUGGUCAGGGUACUAUCCUGCUCCUGAGAAGACAAGAAAGCCUCCUUCAUCCUUUGUCCAUAGAGAUGGAAUACAGAAGUGGCUCCCAGUUUCUCCUGUCCUUUGCACUUCUCUAUGUUUUCUGCUCCCAAACUCUUGCUUUACCUUCUUUGGGAACAUAUUCAGCAAUGAGAUUAGGAAACAGAAUGCCCUUUGAGGGGGCAAGUGAAUCUGAUCAUGCUCAAGGCUCAUUAAAACCCGAGGGUGAUAUUUUGCAGACAACACUUCCUGAGAAUGACAAGUACUAUUAUGAUGUAUCCAGAGCUAUGGACAGAAGUGCAAGGCAUGCUGAUGGACUCUUCACAAGUGGCUACAGCAAACUUUUGGGUCAACUUUCUGCAAGAAGAUAUUUGGAAUCACUUAUUGGAAAAAGAGUUGGGAAUGAUGAACAGAUGCCAGUCAAACGCCACUCUGAUGCUGUCUUCACUGACAAUUACAGUCGCUUUCGAAAGCAGAUGGCUGUGAAGAAGUAUUUGAACUCUGUCUUAACUGGGAAAAGAAGUCAGGAAGAACUGAACCCACCGAGCCUUCGGGAUGAAACAGAACUGCUUGAACCUGCAUUUUCAGAAAAUUAUGAUGACGUCACUGUAGAUGAGCUCGAACUGCUGAACCACCUCCCUUUGAACCUUUGAAGCCAACUUAACAAAGAAAUCCUGCAAAAAAAAUCCUUCUAAAGAUGAGAUCAAACUAUUUUUUGAGUUUCUCAUAGUAUUUCAAAGAAAUAAUUUCAGUAUUUAAGCCAAAACAGAUAUAUUGUGAAGUGAAAUUUGUGAUAUUUUUGUUUCUUAUAUAAUAUAAUAAAAGUGGAUGUUUACACUGUAAAUAUUACUUAAGUGAUCUACCUAAAGCUGUACAUAUGUAUGCUACUUAACUUACAUAAAUCCUGUGAUCUGUUAUGCUGUAAAUCUGUUAUUUUGAUAACUGCAUAUCAAAGAUAGGCAAGUGAGAAAUAGAAAGGAAAUACAUCAAAUUGCUGCUUUCAGUUGCAUACACAAAAUCAAGGAGUGCUGAGUAAUAGUCCCUAUGUGUUUGAGACGCCAUUGCUAUUUGAGUAAAGAGAACCCUUGCUUUCCAACUUUCACUGCAAAUGUCCUCAUCAACAUGACUUCGGAUCACUGAUUUUCUUGAAACUGUCAAAGAUUUUUGCCUAAAAUGAAAUUCAAGAUGGAAUCCAUUAUAACAAAGGACUGGUGGAGAUAUCUGGGGAGAGAAAACAUUUUCAUUAGAAUACACAGAAAUUUCAAGCUAUAAUUCACAACAUAGCAAAAUUCCAAAUUGAUUUGGAAUGUCUUGUCAAAGGAAAACAUUGGCAGAAAUUCUGAGGAAAUUGGAAGUAUUAUUUCAAUAUGAUAAGUAAAAUUUCUAAACUUUUUUUGCAUAGUUGUAAUAAGUAAAGAACAGUUUUUCCUCAAAUUAUUAUUCCAGGUGAAAAGAUUUUGGUGUUGCCUUUCUGUGUCUUUUCAAGUUGCCUGAUAUAUUCUAAUUAUACUAUCCCAUCGGAUUAUGUCUGUUGUCAAUGGAUAAAUGAAGUCAUAGGAAUCAAUUCUGUAUCAAAGCAAAACUACCCACUUAGAUAUUUAUUUUACAGAAAGCUUCAUCAUUAUUUCAAAUCUGAAAAUAUUUGCACAACCAACCAGCCAAACUAAAGUGUGAUACAUACCUUGUACAUUUAUUGGUGUGCACAUUUUCCAUACAAAGAUGUGACAGUCUGUAGGUUUAAUUUGUCUUGAAAUCAUUGAUGCUAAGGAUUAUUCUGCAUUUGACUCUGUAUAUGUUUACUGAUAAUAGUAUUCCUAAUAUAAAAAGCAGGACUGGAGACACUUUACUAUUUUUCCAAAAUGAAUGUAACCGAUGAAAUAUGCAGACAAUAAAGACAUUUUAUUAUCACUGCAAA